AUGCAGGCCCAGCGUUACACGGGUUCCACUGUGAGGCCUCUCCCCAACCGCCGUGACCUUCGAAAGUACGCCCGGCUCUUCGUAAAGACGGAUCAGGAUGGAGAUGGCUUCGUCAGCAGUGAUGAGGCCUACUCCCUGUUCACAAGGUCGCAUCUGCCAGAGGACGCUCUGCAGCAAAUUUGGGCCCUUUCCAAUGUCAGUGCCAGUGGCAUGCUGAGCUUCACGGAGUUCAUUGCUGCCAUGCACUUGAUUCGAGAAGCGCGCCAAAGCCAACAGAGCCCUUCAGCCAUCUCACCAGACCUUUCUGCCUUCCUUGGCAGCUUCUCGGAGUCUCCGCAAGACUUGUCGACGGAAGGCUCCUCGCAGUCGGCCCGUGCCCUGCAAAACUCGCGCUCUCCAAGCCCUGCACCUGUGUCCACGCUGCAGGGCACGUCUAGUCCACACUUUGGACAUGCGCCCGCCGAAGAUUCUUCUUUUGGUGCACUAGGCGCCAGCGAGCCCUUCUCACAGCCACUGGAGGAGCCUCCAGCAGAGGAUGGCAAGAAAAAGAAGGGCAAAAAGAAGGAGAAGAAGGAGAAGUCCGGUGAGGUUUUGCCUUCGCAGCCUUCGCAGGCGGAACCUGAGGCGAUACCAUGGGACUCUGGGCAGGUCACUGCCGGGGCCCCUGCUGAGCAGGGUGACUUGGGAAGUGCCUGGACUACUUUUGGAGAUGCUCAGGAGAAUCCUGAAAGCAGCAAGGGGAAGAGGGAGAAGAAAGACAAGAAGGAGAAGAAGGAGAAGGAGUUGGAGAAAGGAGCCAGGGAUGAGAAGCAAACCAGGUUUCAGCUCGAUGCAGAUGUCGCCCCAUCCUGGCCAUCUGACAAGGGCGGAUGGUCCAGCCCUUCCCGCACUGACACUGCUACCCCUGCGCCACAGACUAGCUUCGGCAUAGGAAGUGGCUUUAGCCACAGCAGCCAAGCUAGCCAGCCUCAGACAAGGAUGGGCUUGCGCUUUGACCUAGAUUUUGGCAAGGAUGCAGAUCCAGACUACAAGGCGAGGCUCCAAGAGAUUCUGGACCUGCGGCAGUCCACUUCCCCUCCAGCCACCUCGCCCAGAAAGAAGGAACCUGUGCGAUGGGCUGGACGGCGCAACGAUGGACAUUUCGAGGACCGGUACACAGGCGCGUACCGGUAUGUGGGAGACUACUCGAGCCCUGCGCUACAGGUUGCGCUGAUGGGCUUUCGGUCUUCAGCUCAAGGACCAGCAGUGUUGCCACAGCCUGGGCGGCCCUUCUUGAAGAGUCUGACCCCUCAUUUUGCUGCGCACUCUUCGCAUUCAAAGGAUGUCCUGGAGGGGGUCGAUUCAAUGACUCGAAGUCUGCGACGCUUGACUUUUGUGCCCAUGACUGCUGCCUGA